AUGGAAACGGUAUUCCGGCAAGCCGAUUUUCGACUAAUGCAUUGGCUGAAUCUGCAGGAAGACACUUAUCCACUGAUCAUUUAUCAGUGCGACACGACCGCCACGAAUUGGACACGACGUUGCCUCCGUCAAGCGGAUGCUAUUUUAUUUGUCGCAUUUGGAGAUCAGAAACCAGCGCGCCACUCACUGAUGGAUGAUUAUAUGAAUCUGAAUCAGGACGGCAUACGAACGAACAGAGAGCUUCUUUUGCUUUGGGAUAGUACCACUGCAGAGCCACGAGGAACCAUUGAAUGGUUGAAAGGAAGCUGGUUUUCCGGCCACCAUCACAUCCGCAUGCCCAAAAGAAUGGUCCAGUGGGAUUUGAAACAGGUAUCUGAAGAUCAUAUUGUGUCGUUUUACGAGCAAAAUGUCUAUGGCGAGAAGGUUGAAAGCAGUUCCGAUUUUGCAAGAUUGGCAAGAAUACUGACUGGGAAUGCAAUUGGGGUUGUGCUGGGCGGUGGUGGUGCAAGUAAAGAAAAGGAGCUAUACAGGCGUCAAUUUCUGCUGAAAGAGUCGUAUCUAAGUAAUCAACGGACAUGCCGGAACCGAUGCAUUCAAUAUCCAAGUACUUGCCAUAUAUAA